GUUCAAUUGAAUGUUUAUACCUAUUUGAAACAAUAUCUGAAAACAAACUCACUCUUCCUUUGUUUGUUUCAUGAUAAAAGCCAGCGACUGGUGUAAAUCAAUUGUAAUAUAUUCAAACAUUUAUGGAAAAGUUCAAAUUGUAAAUAUUUGUACGAUUAUAAUGAAAGGAGAGAUCGAUCGCCUCACGCACGGGAACGUUAUUGAUUCCAAUACUUGACCUUUUUGAAAAUAAAUCUGAUGUAUGAUCAGAGAACCUGAAGUUGAACGGAACAAAAUGGCGCGACAGGAUUGCAAAUUAGAUUACUGGAGUACAAGACUGAUUGGUACAGCUGCUGUACUGUGCUGGAUUGCCUGUGAUUAUGCUGUGCAGGGCACAAAAUGUUUCAAAGAGGAAUCACUUGGAGACAGAGAGGGUAACGUGUACUACUGUGAAGAUGAGAGUAAAACUGAAUGUUGUGAGGAAAACAACGAGUACACAUGUUGUGAGUCACAGUCGGAGAAAACUUGGAAAGAGCAACUGAUUCUUUGGGGAUCAGUUGGAGGCUUGGUCUUGCUGAUAAGCCUGCUAUGUUGCUAUUUCUGGAGAGACAAUGUGUGCAGUAAAAGUGACACAAGUUUGACACAGUCUUGCUGCACGUGCUGUAGAAAAAAAGAAAAAGAAGACCACAAACAUCUCUCGUCAGAACCAGAGCCAGGCUCUUCAAACAUGUCUCGCUUCUCACCAAGACCAUGGAGAUUUGCAGGUCAGGGCGUUGCCGACGAUGACAGAGAUAGUCCGGCACCAGCUUUUCAUUUCAAACAACCUACAUACAAGAAAUAUUGAAAUAAUUCUGUGUCAUCAGACCUCUUUGCUGUCUUUUCUGAACAAAGUGCUUCAUUGUAAUACCUAAAAGGGCGAUUUCAGUGUUCCGCAUGAUUUGAAUAAAUCUUGAUUACAUGAAUUUCACUGGAGAUAUAAAAUGUAAAUAUCAUAUAAUAUAAACAAGCUGGUGAAGUCAAGAAGAUUUAAAAUAUCUCUCCCACGGUGUAUAACAUUUUCUUUGAUACUACUGAUUCUGUGAUAAAGACCAAAAACAUAGUUACAAUAUUUGCUUUUCAAGCCGCAUAUUAUUGCAUAAGUGCAAAUUCUCUGCUGUUAGAAAUGUUAUUAUUGCUGCUACUGCUGCUGUUGUUGUUAUUGUUGCUUAUGGUGGUGAUAUUGUUGCUUUAUUUGUAGCACAAAUCUUCAAAGUCCUCGUGCUAAUCUUAUGUAAAUAUAUAUUUGCCUCUGCGAAAGGAUUUCAGUUUGGAUAAUUGCUAAGCGGGUUGAAAUAAAUUUUAAGAAAGUUUAAACAAUAAAACUCUUACGAACACCUG